CUUUAAGCACUGAAGCGAUAACAGAACAUUGUGUACAUGCGGGAUUUCCGAGGAGCCGUGAAAGCAGCAUUUUCACCGCAUCAACCUGCUCAGCAGCUUCUGUCUACUAGCUGCUCGUUUGUCCGCCGCACAGGUGUGUGUUCGCUCGUCCUUUUGUGUCACACACCGAAACCUCCAGAUGAGAAACUAAAAGCCCAGUGACUGGAAUAUUUCCCCGGACAGGACUGGACUGUGUGUGGACACCGUGGAACGAAAAGAAGGCAGAGCUAGCGGGUCUUAUCGUCACCAUGUUAGCCGGAGCACGACAGGUGCACCGCGGCAACGAGAUUUGAGAUGUUAGCCGCAUCCUGAGAGAUACUGACCGCCUUUACAGCUCUGGAAAUCUGUGUUUCAGCUCCACACAAACCCAGCUUAUAUAUGCUGCUAACACAAUCAAGCUGCCUGACCUCCAUAAAAAGUAAACUUCUACAUCAGGAAACCAGAAGUCUCUCUUCAUCAUCUUCUUUCUUAUCCCUACCAGUUGAUCCCUUUCUUCCACAUCUGUCGCCACUCAUCUUUCUCAUCACUUUUUCAUUUUGCACCACAUCCGUCCAUCUCCACCUCACCUCUCUGGCCUCACAGACUGAAUAUCAACAUGGCCUCGGCCCCCUCAGAGCAGUCCAGUGUCCUGCAAGAGGAGCUCACCUGCCCGGUGUGCCUGGACUUGUACCGUGACCCCCAUUUACUUCCUUGCGGACACAACUUCUGUAAGACCUGCCUCGAUCGUCUAAAGCGACAAGCAGAGCGAGGCCGCUUCCGCUGUCCAGAGUGCCGCGACAGUCAUCGGUGUAGCACCAACUUUCAGAAGAACUUUAAACUAGCCAAUAUUGCUGAUGACUACCGUCACAGGCGCAGAGCUACAACUGCAGCUGCUACAGCUUUAAAAUCCAGGGAACUGCUGUCUUCUGUAGCAGCGCAGUCAGCCAGGAGCGUGUUUGCUGUUCCAUGUGAUUACUGCCCUUCAGUCGCCACCGAGGCCUCAGGCAUCAGCGCUGCUGGGGACGGACCCUCCGCUGCUUCUGUUUCUCAGGAAGGAAGUGUCAAGCAGGAAGCUGCCGCUGCGUCGAUGUUUGCUGUGAAGACGUGCUUGAAGUGCGAGGUGUCGAUGUGUCAGGAGCACGUAAAGCCACAUCUGGAGCUGCCAGCGUUCCGUGAGCAUCCUCUUACAGAACCGAUGAAUGACUUCUGGAAGAGGAAGUGCCCAGACCAUGAUGAGAUAUUCAGGUCAUGGAUCAGCCACUUUCAAAAGACCCAGAUGGUGACGGCCAAAAUCCAAAUUCAAAGCUUCAAACGGUACUACUGCAUGGAUGACAAGAUGUGUGUGUGCAAUGCUUGCACCAUAGAGGGAUUACACUCGGGACACACAAUCAAGACCCUGAAAAACACAAUGAAAGAUCUCAAGGGAACGCUGGAUAAACAGAUGUACAGGGUAGAGAGGAAGUACAGCAUGGCAGAGAAGAAACUCCAGGAGCAGAAGGAGAAGGAAAGACAGAAUAAGAAGUUCAUGGAUGACUCGGAGCAGUGCCUGACCCGACUUGGUGAGGAGAUGAAGGCCAAAGUCCUCCGCUUCAUCCUCCGACUGCGAGAAUGCACACGUACUCACUGUGACACCAACGGGCCGGCGAUCCAGAAGAACAUCUCCAGGAUCUGUCAGGACCAGGCCCGACUCCAGGAGGUCCGCUGCGGCAUCGAGAGCCUCAUGCAGGAGAACGACCCUUUCCGCUUCAUCGAGGCUUAUAAGACAACAGGAAAACAGUGCCGUAGGCAGCUAAGGAAAAACAUGUUCUACCCAGAGUACGUCGACAUGGAGACGGAGGUUCUUGGAGUGAUGAUGGAGGAAGAAAUGAGAAAAUUCCUGGAUGAGGAACUACCGUGUCACAUUGUUGCUGCCAUUAAUUCCCUCUGUCACCUUCCAGACCUUGAGGAGGAGGAGGAGCAGGAGGAUAACGAGGAAGAGGCUGUGGAGGAGGAAGAGGAUGACGACGACGACGACCUCGAUGACAGCAGCGAGGAGGAAAUGAGGAGCGAGGGGGAGGAGGAGGACGAAGAGGAGGAAGACGAGGAAAUCCACGAUCAGGAUGAGCUGGCUGAUGAUCUCUACAGCCCUGGGGAGGAGGAGGAAGAGGAGGAGGAGGAGGAAGAAGAAGAAGAAGUGGAGGAUGGAGAGGAGGAGGACGAAGAGGAGCGAGGGGUUUAACCAAGGAUGUGAUUUAUAUACAUAUAUUUUUACACUUAACAAAGCACUAUAAAUUUGAUCCGUAACCGUGGGUGAGUGCAGCAGAUGUUGAAGUUCUGCGCUCAUCUUCUCUUUGAAUGUCUCAUGUACAGAAAAGGACUCGAGCUGCUGCCACAUUAUGCCUCAAUAUUCCGACAGACGGAGCUUUGAUUCAGCAGGACUUCAAACUAACUGCAACAAUGUGAAUCUCACGCUAAACCUGUGUUGCAUACUACUAAACGUAGUUAAGGUGCUUUACAUUAGAAGGCAUUUGCUGUAUACAGUACGCACACACACAAACGUGAAUGUAUCAAGACAAAAUGUGGCUGGAAGGAUUCAAACUCAAUUUGGCCAAACCUUUGCAUGACUGUGAUGCUGGAUUUUCUACCACUUUGCUAAAAAUGUUACCAAAAUGUGACGAAUUUGCCUUCAAAACAUUGAUAGAUUUGAUCAAAUUUUUCUCCCGAGAACUUUCUCCAGGAUUUUUGAUACAACUGGUGCAGAGAGAAAGGUCGGUCCUUCAGUUUACCAAGCAUAGAUAAGAAAAGUUUGAAUUCCUUCAGUUUCCCAGUUUUCCAUCACCACAGAAAGCCUUUUGAUGAGUUGACUCGAGAACCAGGCCAGCUAAAAGACAGAAAGAUGAGCAAAUACAGUGGCAUGAAAAAGUAUCUGAACCCUUUGGAAUUUCUCACAUUUCUGCAUAAAAUCGCCAUCAAAUGUGAUCUGAUCUUCAUUAAAAUCACACAAAUGAAAAAACAGUGUCUGCUUUAACUAAAACCACCCAAACAUUUAUAGGUUUUCAUCAUUUUAAUGAGGAUAACAUGCAAACAAUGACAGAAGGGGGAGGAAUAAGUAACUGAACCUUCUGCCUAAGGAGGCUUUGAGAGCAAUUAAUACUAAUUUUUACCAAAUAAUUUAAGUCAGGGGUGUGUCCAAUCACUGAGGAGUGGCUUAAAGCUGCCCUGCCCACUAUAAAACACACACCUGGUAAGAAUUGCGUCUUGAUGAGAAGCAUUGUCUGAUGUGCACUAUGGCUCGCUCAAAAGAGCUCUCUGAAGACCUGCGAUCAAGAAUUGUUGAUUUGUAUAAAGCUGGGAAAAGUUCCAAAACCAUCUCUAAAAGUCUGGAUGUUCAUCAAUUCACAGAGAAAUUGUCUACAAAUGGAGAGAGUUUGGCACUGUUGCUUCUCUCCCAAGGAGUGGCCGUCCACCAAAAAU